GCCAUGCCUUAGACCAGAACACUACUGCGGUCCUAAACCUCUGAUUGCCAUGAGGCAAGUGGAUCGCCCACAUCCUCUUGUGAGGUGAACGUGCUUGUAAUAUGGGUAAUUUAGAAGCCUUGCGGCGACUGGAUGGCAAAAUGUUGGUCCAAAAUAGUCAGUUGCCCGCUCCAUGGAGAUAUUUGGUCGGCACCGAUUAACAUGCCAUCGACUGAAAAAUUUGCGUCGUCGCAGACUCGCAGAAAAACAGAUACUUACUCCAAUUUACUGGCAGUCAUCGAUACCUACGAUUGGACAGCCACGAGUGCUCAUCAUGCCUCGUGCAAACAUGCUGGUGAUCGAACAAUAGGGCGUGCAUGUGACAACGCACAUCAUGAAAGACGCAUGUCAUGAUCUGGCAUUGAAUUGAGAGCAUAUAUACGUAGCCCCCCCUCAACUUCUAUCAACCAUUCUCCCAUUUUACAUCUUCCACCAUGAGCUCCUCGCAGGAUCGUGUGGGCCGUGUGGUCAACCACAAGGAUUAUUACUUGCGUGGUGGGGACCUGAAUGUGUUGAUCGGCAACCAUCACUACCGCAUACACAGCUACUUCUUCUACCGCGAAUCGCUAGUAUGGCGCAAUAUGCUAGAUGCCUCUCCCGAUGGUGGGGAUCACGGCACGACUGAUUCUCCAAGUCCUUUCACCCUUGACGACGUCAAAAGCGAAGACUUUGAGCGCUUCCUCUGGGUGAUAUACAACCCCCAAUAUUCACUCUACGAUGCUCCCGUCGAGACAUGGCUGAGCAUCCUGAACCUCGCUCAUCGAUGGAACUUCUGGAACAUCAAAGACCUCGCUAUUCGCGAGCUCGAGAAACUCAACAUCGAGCCGAUCGAAAAGAUCGUGGCAUACCACGAAUAUAAGAUCAACAAAACUCUCCUUCUUCCUGCAUACAUCGCGAUGUGCAAACGUGAAAAGUCUAUCUCUCUUGCAGAGGGCACAAAGCUCGGAAUGGAAACCGUCCUCCGCCUUGCCGACGCACGCGAGCGUGCUCGGCAGCAAGCCGCGGAGAGCGGCAUUCGCUCCCCGACGUUCGACGAUUUUGAGGAUGCACAGAUGGAAGAUAUGAUAAGGGAGGUGUUUGGCAUUGCGCCGAGACCUACGUCGCCCGGUCGACACUCCAGAAACUCGUCCGAUGCAUUCAACAGUUUCGGUGGCACGGCCAAUCAGAAUGGCUUUGGCUUCACCCCUCAGAAAGCCAACGGGGAGACAACACCUGGCUUUAAUGGUUUUAAUCCACCGACUAACAAGCCAGUUGAUCCCUUGCACGUAUCUACAGACGCGACGGCGCCACCUCCAACCAAUGGCUCAACAGCCAAGACUGAUGGCAAGAAGCCACAAGCUCCGCCAAAAGAUGAGAAAUCGUCGCCUGAAGCGAAUGGGGCUCCCCCCCAACAAGCUGCGCCUGGUGCCACUGACAACAAAGGAGGCGCAGGGGGUAAGGCCAAUGGCACAGGGAAAAACAAAUGAGAAUUGUUAGGCGAGUUUCAUGCGUAGCUGGCAACGUAGUUUGUGUCGUUGUUUUCGAGUUUUGAUUAUGUUAUCGAGGCACCUUGCUAUGUCAGUGUUCAACCAUUGUUUCAGUACUUUGUGGGAAUAUCAACGAAACCUCGAGAAAAAUCGUACACCGUGGUUGAGUAACUUGAGUGAGAGUUGAUCUAGUCAGAAAAACCAGGUUGUCCGAGUCAAUUCCAGUCAAGGCAAUAUUUAAGAAAAAGCAGUGCUGGUAUAUGUACGCGGUUAAGUGAGAUGAUCUGCUGCUGAAUUGCAGAUGACUCUUACUUAGCCGCCACAUAGCCAUGUUGAUGAAGAGUUCA